GACCAGAAUAAGACAUUGUCAAGAUAAAUCUCCAGUCAGUCUAUUAGUGUACAUAAUACAAAUUCACUUUCGAGUUAUGAUUAUGUAAACCUAGCAUGUCCGAUUUUGUCCAAAAAAUCAUGAAAAUUCCGUUUUAUACGGUAAUUGGCCCUUUGCUGAGAAGAAACAAAAAUUACGUUAACACUGUAUGUGGUCAUCCUGUGCUGGCAUUUGCUCCUUUUUACGUUGGGAUUUUAGGCUUUUUAGGAGUGAUUCUAAGCGCCUUUGAUAUAUGGAGAAUAAUAAAAUGUGGUCCAGUCUUGCCAGGGUACCUUUGGCGAGAACGGCUGAAAAGUGGAAAAAUAAUCGCUCCUGAAGCUGAAAGGGACUGUAAACUGAUAUCUUUGGUCUUAUCUGUAGAAUAUUACUGUUUCUUACUGGUUGGUUUGCUUACAAACAAUCCCAUUUUCUAUAUGCCCUUUCUAGCGCUAUAUGCCCUAAUCAUAUCUCUGGAAUUCAUCGUAUUUGUGUCUAGAGCAUUUGUUGAUGGUUUGGAUUUUCAAAAGAAAACUCUGAUAAUGACUAUUUUUAUGAUGUACAACUGGUCAGCAGUGGCAUGUACAUUUGCCAGGUCUAUGUCCUGUUGCGACUUAUAAAAUAGAUGAAGCUUUAAAGUAAAA